AUGUUUUCCAAGUUGUUAACGGCGAGGGAUCCUGAAACUGGCGAGCUGCUUUCCAACAAGCAGCUUUGGGCUGAGAGUAACCUUCUCAUAAUAGCAGGAUCCGACACCGCAUCGACCGCACUGGCGGCGACCUUGUUCUACCUCUCACGUAGCCCAAAAGCCUAUGCACGAGUGGCAAACGAAGUCAGAGGGGCAUUCCCGGACCCGGAAACAGUCAAACAGGGACCGCAACUAGCCUCGUGCGCCUACCUUCGCGCAUGCCUCCAGGAGGCACUGCGGCUGUCGUCAUCGGCAUCGGGCGCCAUGUGGCGGGAGGCGCUACUUGGCGGGCUUCGCAUCCAAGCGGAGGAUGGAGACAGCAACCAGGCCGGCAAGGUGGAGGUGCCCGCGGGGCUCGAGGUCGGCACAGGUAUAUUCUCGCUUAACCACAGCGCCCACUAUUUCCGCGACCCACUGGCGUACCGGCCCGAGAGGUGGAUGGCGGGCGAGGCGGCGCCCGACGAGCUGGCCCGCGCCAGGGCCGCCUUUGCCACGUUCUCGAUCGGGCCUAGGAACUGCGUCAGCAAGGGCUUGGCCAUGGUGGAGAUGGCAGUUGCCAUGGCUGCCGUUGUGGCGAGGUACGACUUUCGUGCGCCGCCUGGCGAAGGCGGGCUGGCUGCGGUGGGCGAGUACUCCGAAGGUCGGCUAAGAGGCCACUUCAGGACCAAGUGGGCGUUUACGAGCGAAAAAGACGGGCCUUGGCUUCAGUUCAAAAGGUUUGUUUGA